CCGGGACAGCUGCUCGCAGUGGUGGAUCGCGGGUGGGGGGCCAUUUUUUUUGGGGCGACUCAGUAUUAUUUCGUUUGUGGAGCUGUUUACUUCGCUUCGUGGAAAGUCAAGUGCUCUUUGUUUAAUUAACCCCCCACUUUUAGGUCUUUAUACAUAUACAUAUAUAUACGUAUAUAUUUGUUCAACGAGUGCAAGUGACCGACGUCCAAAGAGCAACGCACGGAGCCCCGACAAAGGCUUCCCGCUUUCCAGUGGUCCGGCGACUUUCGCCGGAUAAGUAACUCCAUCCCAGGAGGAAUCGAGCUGAACAAAAAGCCCCAACCCAUUCCUAAGAAAGUGUCAUGAGACAAUAGAGGAACAUAAAGAAAGAAAGGAAAAACGUUGAGAAGAGUGGAGCUCCUUUGUCGCUUCUCUGGAAACAUAGAACAGAGCGAUGACGGAAAGUGUGGAGCUGAUGAACAAGUACGGCGAGCCACUGCGCUACGACCGCAACUUUACGGGUCCCCGGCAGAAGGAUCGCAGCUGCACGGAUGUGCCCUGCCUGCUGCUCUUCGCCCUCUUCCUGGCGGGAUGGGGCUAUAUCGCCCACUACGCAAUCACAAGGGGCGAUCUGAACCUACUGUUGGUGCCCACAGACUCGUUCAACCGGAAGUGCGGCAUGGACUCCGGGGUGCUGAAUAAGAAAAACCUAUUCUUUUUCGACAUGAAUAAGUGCAUUGAUCCAAUCGUACCCCUCACGGGAUGUCCUACACCGCAGGUGUGUGUAGAGACCUGUCCCAGACAAACUUUCGUAUGGGACACAAUGAAAGACCAACUCAGCUUCGAGGAUUUGCAUAGUCGCCUGAUUUGCCUGACAGAGGAGCACAAGGCGAAGAUUCGCACCAAGUCGGAUAUUGAACAGGCCAUUAAGGAUAAUCAGUGUGCGCGCUGGUACAUCAAGAGUGCUCCAUUCCUCAAACGAUGCCUCUUCGAGUUCUCACAGGGUGUGUGUGAUUACAUACCCUCGUUCCUUCUGCAGGGAGGAAGAUCGAGGCGGGAGUUGCAGCUGCUGCCAGGGAACGCAUCCACAGAAACCCAACUUCAGGCCCAGGUUAUGGCCAUGACCAUGGCGGAGGCCCAGGCUCUAGUUGUUCCACAGGCAAACAGCAAGCAAACGCCAGUGGAGGAGGAACCAAUUGUCCAGUGCAAACGAAGACUCAACGAGGCCGUUAUCAAGGAGAAGAUGAUGCAGACGGACACGAGGUUGGCCAAGUUGGUGGGCAAUAUGGUGGCCCACUUCUACAAUGGCACACACGACGCACAGCGUUUGGGUGAGGAGAUUGUCGAGGAUCUGGUCAACUCCUGGUCGAUCGUCCUGGUGGCUUGUUUCUGCACUCUGGUUGCCUCACUUAUCUAUAUCGCUCUGAUGCGCUGGCUCUCGGCUCCGAUCCUCUGGUUCUCCAUCUUCGGUGUACUUAUCGGCCUUUUGGUGGGCAUCUACUACACAGUGAAACAGUACAUUUUCUGGGAGAAGACGCCGACGGUGCCGCUGCACGGUUUGAAUCUGCAAUCCCAGGUGAAGAACGUCCUGCAAAACCAGAACACCUGGCUCUAUCUGUCCAUUUUCGUGGGCGUGUGCUUCGUCGUCAUCCUGUUGCUGGUGAUUGUGCUGAGAAAGCGCAUACGGAUAGCGAUUGCCCUGACCAAGGAGGGCAGCAAGGCGGUGAGCAGUGUGAUUAGCACCGUUUUCUUCCCCAUCUUCUCCUGGAUACUCUUCAUGGCCGCCAUAGCGUUUGCCAUCGGCGUGGGUCUGUCUGGCUCCAUUGGAGAUCCUUCGUUUAGAAUGGUCCGUCAGUUGACGGAAAGUGGAGAAGUGACCACCGAGGAUUGCAUCUGCGAGGGCCCAGCAAUUAAUUAUACAGUCGGCGGUUCUUGUGACCCGAAUGUGUUCCAGCAAAGCUGCUCCGUUCGGCAGACCGCAUUUUUCCAAACGCAGCGCAUAUCCUGCACGAAAACUACCUGCAGCUUUGACUCGAUAGUCAAUCCGUUAAAAAUUAAGUGGGCCAUCUUCUACAACGUCUUCGGCUUCCUCUGGCUGAGCUUCUUCAUCUCUGCGUUUAGCUACAUGGUGUUGGCUUCCACGUUCGCCCGAUGGUAUUGGACCUUUAAGAAGAGGGAUGUGCCGUACUUUACCCUCACCAGGGCCUUCUGCCAAACCGCUUUCUAUCACCUGGGAACGGUGGCGUUCGGUUCGCUCAUCCUGGCUAUCGUCCGGCUGAUCCGUUUGGUGCUAGAGUACAUCCAUGAAAAGCUGAAGAAGUACGACAAUGCGGUGACACGAGCCAUCCUCUGCUGCAUGCGCUGCUUUUUCUGGCUGCUUGAGACUUUCCUCAAGUUCCUUAACCGAAAUGCCUACAUCAUGUGCGCCAUCCACGGCAAGAACUUUUGCUCCAGUGCCGCGGACUCGUUUAACCUGAUUAUGAGGAACUUCCUGCGUGUGGUGACGUUAGACCAGGUCACGGACUUUUUGUUCUUUUUGUCGAAACUGCUGCUAACCGCGGGAGCGGGAGUGUCCACCUACUACUUCCUGGCCAACAAUCCGGCCAUUAUUCAGCUACAUUACAAUGCGGUGCCCACCACGGUGGUGGUAAUUGCCGCCUUUUUCAUAACGAGUGUGUUCUUCGGUGUCUACUCGACGGCCGUGGAUACGCUGUUCCUGUGCUUCCUCGAGGACUGCGAGCGAAACGAUGGCUCCCCGGAGAAGCCCUUUUUCAUGUCCAAGCAGCUAAUGAAGAUCCUGGGCAAAAAGAAUAAUCUUCCGCCGCGUCAACGCCGCGGGAAGUAGGAGAUUCAGACGAGAAACGGCAGUGCAAAUUAUUAGUUAAUUAAGAUAAAAGAUAUAUAUAUAUAUAUAUAAAUAUGUAUUGAAUCUAGCCCGAAAUCGAAAGGGGUUGUGAGCGAUUGCUCAACCGGCUGCAAUAGGAUUCGCAUGAAAUGCAGCCUUUUUUGCCAAUACUCUUAAUCUUUAAUAUAAUGUAUAUAAUACGCAAGUAUCCAUAUGUAAAAGUUUUUUGUGCGGCUAGGUUUGCGAUCGAACAUGUGAUAGGCGCGGACCAUAAAGACCAAAAGCAAUACGAUGCAAUACAAUAAUUUGUAUACAGAACCACAAACGUACAUAUCUCACAUUCAUGCAGUUAAGUUAUCGACAUACUUAUACAACUUUAAUUAUAAUUUUUGAAUUUAAUAAAAAUGAAGUUUUUUGAAGACACAUU